UUUGCGGGAGUGUCUGCUAAAGAUGUCUUACGCCAGGGCGAAACGUCUUCAGUAUGACAAUUCCUUGCAAGGAAAGCGUCCUGUUCGCCCCAAGAAAGCUGCUGCCCAGAAGAAGGAAUGGGUGAGCACAGUCAACGACCUCACUGUUCAUAAAUCUACGCCAGAAGAACUGUCUCGGAGGCAUGAGGUGCACAAGUCUCAUAACCGCGUGGUGGCCCAGUGGGAGCUAAAGGAGAGGGCACUGAGGCGUCGCCGGGGCAACGAGCAGCCAACCACACCCCCCGCCCUGGACAAGUACCGCCUCAACCUCAUCAGAGAGGUGUUUUCUGAUCAGUACACCCUGCAGGAUGUCUUGGCCAGGUCAGACAGAGCCAUGGCUGUUGUCAAGGACCUCUUUGGGGAUGCUCCACACAGACAAGCAGGGACGCCAAAAGUGACUGUGGCUCCGGGUGGUAGUUCGGACCCGCAACUGCCAGUGCUGCAGAAACCGGAUCCCCCCACCCAGCUCUCCAUACUCAGCCAGUCAAUGCUGGACCCACAGGCUCUAAAUGAACCGGAGGAGCACAGUGAGGAAGAGGCAGACUGCAGCAUCCUCUCUCCAAAAGACUCCGAGCGAUGUGGCGGCCCAUCGCAGAGAUCCAAGACUAACACAGAGAGGCUGGAGCAACGGAGUCCUCCACAGACCCCCUGUAACACACAGGCACCUCCGGCCCAGACAGCCCUGAAUGCCACUGUAGCUGUGGAGCGCAUGCGGUCACGUCAGGGUCAGCCGCAGCCCCGCCCCGCGUCUGCCACAUCAUUAGUCAGCCAGGUGUUAAACCCCUCCUCCACGCCGCCACGCUCAGCCAGGAAGAGGUCCUCCAGGCCCGCUAGGGGGCGAUGUGCUGCCUCAGCAUCAGCAUCAGCCUCAGGGCUGGCCGGCUCCAGCUGCCUGUCCGCCUCCCUCAACGGCAGCCACAGCAGCCUGGCCAUGCUGCAAAGCAUGCUGGGACAGGUGGAGAGCCAGCUGGACCUCCUCGGCCCCCUGGAGCCCCCCACCGCUGACGACUCGGGGACGGAUCUCGGGUCGGCGAAGGGCUCGGGUCAGAGCCUCACAGGCUUCUCUGUGGCCCUGGUGUCCACCAUCAGUCGUCUCACUCGCCUCCUCACACGGAGAGAAGAGGAGGCGCAGAGGGAGUGUGAGGCGAGGAGGAGGCUGGAGGAGGUGGUGAGGGAGCAGAGGGUGCUGAUCGAUGCCCUCUCAGCCGAGACCCUCACACUCCGAGAUGAGAGCGCCGCCCUACAGGCUGGGCUGCAGCAGCGCAUGUAUGAGCUGGAGGAGCGUGUGGACACGGUGGUGUUGGCCCUGGGGGACCUGGGGCCCCUGGGAGACGAGGAGGGCCACACGGGACCCCUGGAGGAUCACGACGAAGACACACCUGAACCAGAGCUCCAGUAUCCAGUGAAGCUCUGCUCUGAGCCCCAGGCCGUCUACCCAGGAGUGGGGCCCACCUCACAGCCCCAGGCCCAGGCCCAGGCCCAGACCGUUUACCCAGCUGUGCUGCUCUCACCCCCCCACCAGAGGGACAGCCCUGGCCCCCCUACUAGCAGAGGCGGAGGAGCGUCCCGCUCUCUUGCACAACAGUACGAGUUCUCCGGUGACACAGGAGGAGCUGCACCACAUCACCACAGUCUUAACGCUAACACGGGACUCUCGGGGUCUAUGCCGCAGUACGGGCUAAACCCUAACACGGGGACGGCACACGCCACGGCAUCGCAGUACGGGCUAAACCCUAACACGGGGACGGCACACGCCACGGCAUCGCCGCAGUACGGGCUAAACCCUAACACGGGGACGGCACACGCCACGGCAUCGCAGUACACGUUUCCCUCAGCAGCUGAGCGAGUGCCGUUUUCCUCCGCGUCUGCUCCACCAGCGCAUGCCGUCGCACCACCGUUGUCCUCCUCCGUGGCUCGUCCACCACUACCCAUUGGACAGCCGCAGCAGUCGUACGAGGCGUCCUCCUCUGUGGCAGGAAGUGAGCGCUCGUCGCCGUGUUCCUUCGCCAGCCUGCCGGGCCUGGCCUCGCUGCUGGACCCCUCCCUCGGCCUUCCCCUGCACCUGCAGCAGGCCCUGCACCUCCAGAUCUCCCAGCUGGCCAGGCACAACGCCCAGAUGCUGACCAGGCACAACGCCCAUGGUCUGACCCAGCAGAACACCCAGCCACUGACCCAACAGAACAGCCAUGGUCUGACCAAACAGAACACCCAUGCAUGGGCCCAACAAAACACCCAUGGCCAGAUCCAACAGAACACCCAAGCACUGGCCCAGCAGAACACCCAUGGCCAGAUCCAACAGAACACCCAUGGCCAGAUCCAACAGAACACCCAUGGCCAGAUCCAACAGAACAACCAUGGCCAGAUCCAACAGAACAACCAGGGGCUUAUCCAACGGCACACCCAAGCACAAGCCCAACAGAACUCCCAUGUUCUGAUCCAACAGAACUCCCAGGCCCCGGUCCAACACCAGAACCCCCAGGUGGUGUUGUCCCGACAGGGCUCCCCGGCGCUGGCCCACCUGGACCAGAGACGGGUCUCCCCAGCGGGUUCCUACACCUCCAGAGAGCUGCAGGCCUCGGGGAGAUCUUCCCCAGCCAGCCUGGUGGGUCAGGCAACAGCAGGAGCAGCAGCAGCAGCUGCAGCAAGAGCGCCACCGUCAGGGCAGCAGACGCAAGCACAACAGUCUGAGCCGACGGCCUACCAAACGGCCCCUACCAUAUCAGGCCCGGUGGCGGCCUGGGAGCCGGCGGUGAUCCCCACCCCAACCACCAACAUGGAAGAGCGCCUCCUGCAGCUCAGCAGGCAGAGUGCGGCGGCACGCAGCAAACUGCUGGAGCUGAUCGAGCAGCAGAGACUCAACAACUCCUCCGUGCAGGCGUCGCCCUGCGUCUCACCUGUAACAGCUGGCCCUAACACAGGUGUUCCCAGACGGACCCCAGACAUGGCCCUGGUAGAGCCAGAGAGGGACGCCUGCUCUCAGUCCAGUGGUGGCAGCAGACGGUCUGCAGGAAUCUCGCCCACAAACCUCAGCAGACCAGACAACCAUAGGACUCAGGUGGAGAGGCAGAGGGGGGAUGGCUGGUUUGCUUUGUCCACCCAUGUGCAGUAACCCAGAAGGUUGCCAUGUCUCCGCCGCCAUAGUAACCGAGCAGGUUCCCAUGUUCCAUCUACCAUGGUGACGGCUACCAUAGUGACAGCUACUCUCACCACGUGCCUCCUAUGAUCAGUAACCAAGCAGGUUCCCAUGUUCCAGUCGUCAUAGUGACGCGGCUACGCUCACCACGUGCCUCCUAUGAACAGAGAAUGCGUUAAGGCCCAUGUAGUCAUGCUGACAAGUUGCUACACACCACCCAUGAAUGGACUACUAAACUGUAGAACUUUGAAGAUUCCUCAAAAGAACUUGUUCAUGGGAGAAACCAAAAAGGUCCUUUUUAAGAACCCCAAGGUUCCACAGAGAACCCUUCUUACACAGUGCCAAUCAAAGGGUAUCUCAAAGAACCUUUAGGGGUUCUUCAGUUUUCCACUCUGGACGAACCCUGUUAGGUUCUCUCCGGAACCUUUUUGAAAACUUUGGGGUUAUUUCAAGCACCUGUAAGUUCAUCAGAGAACCUUUAGGACUUCCCUGACAAUGGCAUUUGGUUUUUGUUUUUGUUUUUUUAUUAACAUUGAUGUUUUUACAGUGUUGGUUUGAGUGAAGCCCAUGUGUCAGAUCCUAGUGACUAGUAGUACUGUGAGCGUCACAUACCUCUUGUGAGUGUAGUAUGCAUGUAGAUAAGUAUGAAUGUACUGUAGCAUGGUGUUUAAUGAUGUACGAGAUUUGUGUGGCUGCCCACUUUUUAACAGUGAAGGACAUCAACAUUUGGUUUCAGUUUUUUAUAUAUAUAGUUUUUAUUUGUUUUUAUUUUCUUAUAUUAUUUUUUUUCUCUUGAUCAAUUAAGUUAUUAAAUAUGAAGAAAAUGAUCAGUUAUGGAGCAGUUUCAUGAUUUCAUGAUAGCCUUGUUGUAUGGAGUUGUGUAUUCUACCCUUCAAAGACAAAGUGAAGUAAGUACACCAUGAUUGAUACUGAGAAAGGGCCCUCAAAGUAUUGAUAUUAGUAUUAGUAUUGGUAUUUGGCAUAGCAAUAUUUCUACAACUGGACCCUUUAGGACCAUUAGGCUUCAUCACACAAUAAAAAAGGUGUGUUUCUGUUUUUUUAAAGAUCUGUUUCUGUCUAAAUUUAAUUUUGACAAAAUAUUGUAGUUACUGCACUUUGAAUGGUGGUAUUGCACACAAGUGUGUAUUGUAUGUACAGUACUUUGUAAGACAGUGAGUGCAUACAGAAAUACAGUAUACCAUAAGCAGUGUCCAUAGUGGGAAC